AUGUUCAAACCCAAGAUGUUUAAAAGGUCAAAAGACGCAGAGGGGACGGCCACUGGCCAAGUGGGGAUUAAGAAGAAAUCUAAGGUCCCUGGGGUUAUGAUUACACAGUAUAUUGAGACGCUGCCAGAGGGAAAGAGCCACCCAGACUUCACCCGCAAGCCUAUUGCUCUGACCAUCCAAGAGGGUAAAUUGGCAUUUUUUAAAGCCAUUGUCAUUGGAGACCCAAAGCCAACUGUAACGUGGAGCAGAAAUAAUGGAGAUGUCUCCGAUACGUCAAGAUACCAGUCCAAAUAUGAUCCAAAUUCCAAUGAGCACACAUUCGAGAUGCCAAAUGUUUCACCAGACCAAGCAGACACCUAUAAAUGCUUUGCUACAAAUGAAUAUGGAAGGGCUAUGGUCACAGUUGUCCUGAAUGUUAUUGAAGUUGGUUACAAAAAGAACAAAGCCCAGCAACAACAACCAGUGGAAGCUUUUGAUGGCAAUUUUAAGACUCUGCUUACAAGAAAAAGUAAGGUGCGUCCUAAAGCUGAGCAACCUGAGAAGAAAGAGGGUGAGAUUGACCCUAAAUUUUGGGAGCUAUUACUUAGUGCUGACAAAAAAGACUAUGAGAGCAUCUGUUCUGAGUUUGGCGUGACUGACUUUCGCUGGAUGCUUAAGAAAUUAAAUGAGAUGAAGAAAGAACGGGAAGAAGAACAAGCAGAGUUUGUUAAAAACCUGUCUAACCUGAAACCUAUUCAAGUCAGUGCAGAUGGCACUGCAUCCUUUGAGAUUGACAUGGAUCUCAUUGACCCGAGCAGCAGGAUAUUUCUCUACAAGGAUGGUGAAAUGGUUCCAUACACCAAAGAGUUGGGUGAAAAGAUGAAGCACAGCCUUAAACAAGUGGGGAGAAAGUAUAUUUUUAGUAUAAGAGACCUUUUACCAGAUGAUGCUGGACUGUACCAGUUGGAUGUUGAAGAUGUGAAUAUGUUUACCACUGAAUUCAAAAUUCCCACAGUGGAUUUCUUGGUGAAAAUUCAAGAAGUGAAGGCAAUGGAGAGAGAAGAUGCUGUGUUUGAGUGUGUCCUGUCAAACCCCUUCUCCAAGAUCUUGUGGUUUGGAAAGAAUUUACCACUGGAACAAAGCGAUAAAUAUGAUAUCGAAGUUUCAGAAGACAAGCUCAUUCACAGACUGGUGGUCAAAGACUGCAUGGUAGUAGACAAAGGAAUUUAUUCUGCCUGUGCAGGAAUAAAAUCCUGCAAUGCAUGGCUUAUUGUUGAAGCUGACAAAGACACGCCGAAAGGCAAAAAGUCAGCAAGGAAGACAACGAGGGCAGGAGGAUCUGGCGUGGAUGUCCAGAAAAUUGCACAAGAGCAACAUGUUAAACUGGAGAAGGAGAAAGAAGAACGGAUAGAGCAGGUUAAAGCUGCUAAAGAAGCCGCCGCAGCUGCACCUCCACCUCAGGAACCCGCGCCUAAACCCAAGAAAGAAGAAGCUAAACCAAGUGAGGAAGCCAGUGGUGACGUAAAGGUUGAUCAACCAGUUGAAGAAGCAGAGUCUGAAAUUAUCAGUGGACUCUCUGAUAUGUAUGCUCUUCGUGGCAAGCCAGCUGAACUAAUUGUGAAGAUGAACACUGACUGCGACGGGACCUGGUUCAAAGAUGGAGAGAAGUUAACCUCCAGUGCUGGGAUCAGCAUAACCAAAGAUGGAACUGCUCACAAGCUGACAAUUCAAAGCAGUGCAGACAGUGACUCUGGACUGUAUCGUUUCAUGUCAGGGGACCUCAGUACACAAGCAAAGGUCACAGUUGGAGGUGUACCGGAAUUUGACCCCGAUGAUCUUCACAAGUUCUCAAAACCUGUGAUAGUGAGGGUGGGUCAGAACGCCACUUUCAAGAUGCCCUUCCCUCCUCAGGAAUCUUUGGAGGUCAGCUGGUUUAAGGAUGGCACUGAGAUCAAGGACGGAGGUGGGGUUAAGAUUGUAAAGGAGCCUAACCACAGUCGGCUGCUGCUCAGAGAUUGCCUGCGGACGGACGCCGGAGAAAUCAAGAUCCAACUCAAAAACCCCUUUGGGUCUGUGGAGGCCACAUCUCAACUUAUUGUGCUGGACCGGCCAGGUCCACCAGAGGGUCCAGUGGAGACUGUUGAAACUACCUCAUCUGUAAUUGAGAUAAAAUGGAACCCUCCUAAAGACGAUGGUGGCUCAGCUGUCACCAACUAUAUUAUAGAGCGGCAGCAUGCUGGCCAAAGUCUGUGGACGAAGCUUGGGGAUGUCUCGGCUGACAAAACUUCCUACAGAGACAGGAAUGUGACUCAUGGAAAGAAGUACAACUACCGAAUCUUUGCAGAAAACCCUGAGGGUCUCAGUGAUGCCCUGGAGACAACAGACAGCAUUAUGGCUGGCAUAAUGAUACUCUCUGGACCACCUGGAGCACCCAAAGUGGUAAGUGCCUCUAAGAUCAGCAUCGAGUUGACCUGGACCCCUCCAGAGGAUGACAGAGGAGUGCCAAUCAUUGGGUACCAACUGGAGAAACGCAAAAAGGACACAAAUCAAUGGAUUGCCCUGAACCAAGUGAAUGAGCCAAUUGAGGGUGAGCACUAUAUAGUGAAGGAUGUCACAGAGGGAGCAGAGUAUGAAUUCAGAGUUUCAGCCAUCAAUGAGUCUGGAGCUGGAGAUCCAAGCCCUCCCUCUCAGAUGGUUUGUGCAAAGAAUCCCAAUAUGAGACCUUGUUUCAAAGACCCAGAGGACUUCAUUGUUGUCAGAGCAGGAAAUUCUGUGCGUGUCAAAGUAAACUAUGAGGCUGAGCCUCCACCGCAGAUCACUUGGUUGAAGGAUGACGAACCACUGUCACCAUGGAUAAAUGUCAUCAACACAGAGGGAAUGUCUCAGCUCGUUAUCCCCUCAUCAAAACGUUCAGAUUCAGCCAUCUACACUAUCAAGGCCAAAAACAGUGUGGGCGAGGCUUCAUUUGACAUUGAGGUUAGAGUCACAGAUGAACCCAAGAGCCCCGGGCCAGUGGAGCUGGAGCAAACGGUUUAUGGCAAAGUCGAUAUAUCAUGGGCCCCUUCUCCAGACGAAGAGCUCGAUGACCGCCUGUACUACGUGGUGGCAGAGCACGACUCCAACACAAGAGUGUGGAAAACUAUAGCAGACCGCCUCUUCAGCAACACAUUCACAGCUAUCAACAUUCAUGCCGGGAGAGAGUACCAUUUCCGCGUCUAUGCAAAGAAUGAUAUGGGGCUCUCAGAUCCGUCUCAGUCACCCACAUGGGGUGUCAAUAGCAACAAAGUUCAAAUGUUCUCAAAUGGGGGUUACUCAAUCAAUGUCAACUUUGAGAGGCCCCCAUCCAUCCUGGUCCCACUGAAAGUUCACGCUCCGCCUAAAGGUUAUCAACUGUACAUGACCUGUGCUGUCCGAGGAUUCCCCACCCCCAGUGUGAGCUGGUACCUGGACGACAUUUGCAUCAACUCAGACAACAACUACUACAUCACCAAUGCAUAUGGUGUCUGCUCCCUAUAUAUUCUCCGAGUCCGGCCCAAGGACUCUGGUGAAUAUAAAGUUGUUGCAGUCAACUCCCUUGGGAAGGCAGAGUGUUCCACUAAACUUCUGGUUAGAGAUUGAAUCGGCAUGAAGAAAAGCUUAGGGCACAGUUUCUCCAUCUCUCACUAGGUUUAUUUAGGAAACAACAAUAUCUG